GAAAUGAAUACUUUUAGUUUAAAAAAAUUAUUAAACAAAUACAGUAAAGCACUACAAACACCAGACUAUAGUGGUGGCAGUGCACCCAAUGCAGUACUCUCUCUGCCUCUCGUUCCUUGAGACUCAGAGCUUUUAAUGAGUCUUCUUCCCGCCUCAAAACCCAUCUUUUCAACCUCCAAACUCAGAACAACAAUGGAAUCCAUACUCAAAAAUUACUUUGGUUAUUCUUCCUUUCGGCCGUACCAGAAGGAAGUGAUCGAGAAUAUUCUAGAAAAAAAGGACUGUAUGGUGGUCAUGGCAACCGGAAGUGGCAAGUCCUUAUGUUAUCAGGUACCUCCCUUGAUUGCUGGAAAGACUGGAAUUGUAGUGAGUCCUCUUAUAUCUUUGAUGCAAGAUCAAGUGAUGGCUUUGAAAGAACGGGGCAUUAAAGCUGAGUUCCUUGGAAGUGCUCAGACUGAUCAAUCUGUCCAGAAGAAAGCCGAGAAUGGUCAUUUCAAUAUCUUAUAUAUGACUCCUGAAAAGGCAUGCUUGAUUCCUAGCAGCUUCUGGUCAAAUUUGCUUAAUGUGGGAAUUUGUUUGUUCGCUGUUGAUGAGGCUCAUUGUAUAUCAGAGUGGGGGCAUGAUUUCAGGGUGGAAUACAAGCAGUUAGACAAGUUGCGGGGUAUUCUUGUGAACGUUCCAUUUGUUGCCCUAACUGCAACUGCUACUGAAAAGGUUCGAAAUGAUAUCAUUAACUCUCUAAAGAUGAAAGACCCUGUUGUCUCUAUAGGCUCAUUUGACAGGCACAAUCUCUUCUAUGGUGUCAAGUUAUUUAAUCGCGGUCAAUCAUCUGUAGAUGAGCUUGUUAAAGAAAUUGCAAAAUAUGUAGCUAGUGCUGGUUCAACCAUUAUUUAUUGCACGACAGUUAAGGAUGUUGAGCAGAUAUUCAAGUCACUUCAGGAUGUGGGUAUCAAGGCUGGAAUUUAUCAUGGACAAAUGAAUAAUAAAGCUCGUGCUGAGUCCCACAGAUUAUUUAUAAGAGACGAAUUGCAUGUCAUGGUUGCUACUAUUGCUUUUGGUAUGGGAAUAGAUAAGCCGGACAUUAGACAAGUAAUUCAUUAUGGUUGUCCCAAAAGUCUAGAAUGCUACUACCAGGAAAGUGGUCGUUGUGGGAGAGAUGGUGUGCCAUCUAUCUGCUGGCUUUACUACACAAGAAGUGAUUUUGCAAAAGGAGACUUCUAUACAGCUGAAUCGCACACAGCAACUCAGCGAAAAGCUGUCAUGGAGUCACUGAUGGCUGCACAACGCUAUUGUUUGUUGACUACAUGCAGAAGAACGUUCUUGCUUAAACAUUUUGGGGAGAAUUAUCCGGCCGAUAACUGUGGAAAUUGUGAUAAUUGCCUUAGUUCAAAGAAUGAGCGUGACAUGUCCAGAGAAGCAUUCCUUCUACUGGCCUGUAUUCGAUCGUGCAAGGGGAGAUGGGGCUUGAAUAUGCCUGUUGACAUUCUCCGUGGUUCUCGUGCAAAAAAGAUUUUGGAUGCUCAGUUUGACAGGCUUCCACUUCAUGGCCUUGGCAAGGAUUAUUCUGCAAAUUGGUGGAAAGCUCUAGCUCAUCAGUUAAUUUCUAACGAUUAUUUGACGGAAACUGUAACUGAUGUGUUCAAAACUAUAAGAGUGAGUCCAAAAGGGGAACAGUUUCUUAGUUCUGCCACACCUGAUUAUCAACCACCCCUGGUUCUGUCAGUGACCAGUGAAAUGAUGGACGAUGAGGAAAAUAAAAGCGUUGCUGGCAAUGGAGAAAUUAAAAGUUUGGGUACUUUGGAGAGUGAAGGAUUUUCUGAGACUGAGGCAAAAUUUUACCACAUGCUUUUAGAAGAAAGAAUGAAACUUGCGAAGGAGCUUGGAACAGCUCCAUAUGCCAUAUGUGGCGACCAGACAAUGAAAAGAAUUGCAUUGACUCGACCAUCUACGAGAGCACGCUUAGCAAACAUCGACGGUGUCAACCAGCACUUGGUAACGAAACACGGAGAUCGUUUUCUUCAAGUUAUUCAGCAGCUAUCACACCGUCUUAGCCUUUCCUUGGAUGGAGAAGCAAACUUACAAACUGCUAUUACCAGAAAAGUCUAUCCAGUGUCCGAUCAACAAGGGGUGUCCAAUCAACAGAGAAAGUUAACACCAGCAAAGUUUGAGGCUUGGAAAAUGUGGAUGGAAGAUGGUCUCAAAAUAGAGAAAAUUGCUAACUUCCCAGGUAGGUCAGCUCCUAUAAAAGAACAAACUGUUAUUGACUACAUACUCGAUGCGGCCCGAGAAGGGUUGGCAAUGGAUUGGAUGAGAUUUUGCCAAGAGAUCGGACUAACACACGAAGUGUUGUCAGAUAUUCAGAGUGCCAUUUUAAAGGUUGGCUCGAAAGAAAAGUUGAAGCCUAUAAAGAAUGAAUUACCAGAAGAUGUAAGUUAUUCACAUAUCAAGGUCUGCUUGACAAUGCAAGAGAUUGGGGUGUCUCCCUCGGAUACUAUGUCCAACUGCCACAAGAAACCUGCAGAUCUGCCCAUAGACUCUGAUGAGGAUCCAGUAUCAAAAAAACGACAAAGAGUCGUUGAACCAGCGGAAGGAAUCUCCACACCACCGGAGGCAACUGAGGAUUCUGUGCUAGAUUGGAUUAAGAACUUUAAGGAUGGAGUUACUCUAUCAGAUAUCGUGAAGCACUUUAAUGGAUCUCAAGAAGAAUCUAUCAAUGAGCUAAUCUGUUCUCUUGAAGCUGAAUUUUUAAUCUAUAAGAAGAAUAACGUAUAUAAGAUUAUGUAAUUGAACCAAAAUGUUUUCAUGUAGAUUCCUUAAAUCCCUUGUCUUAUAUAGUACCAUUUUCAAUGGAGUAGCAUGUUUUUCAAGUCCUUUGUUAUCAUAUUCAAAAAAAAAAAAAAAAAUUUACAUUUUUUGAAUCAAUUUAUUAUUUUUCCUUUAGUUA